CUUGGUGGAUGCCUAGAACUUGCUUCCUCUUCUUCUCUCUUCAACCCCUCCAAAUCAUCAUUCAUCACUACGACAACAUCAACGGUAUCACUGCGACUCACAGGAAAUGGAGUCCUUCUGAUCGUCUUCGGCUUCACCUCUUAUCUCGCUCAGGCAAGAUAGGACCAGUCACCAUUCCCGUCACUGCUCCUCUUCACUCUCAACUCACCCCUCGCUCACAGUCUCCUUCUGGAGUACCUGUGAACAUCCGGCAGGACUUCGUCUUCGCGCCCCGCGUAACGAGCUCUCUUCCUCCAACCGCAACCAUUCCCGCGUUGGACUUCACAUCCUUCACCACGGAUCAUCCGCAAACAUGGCGUUCCCCAACCCCAAGUUUCUCAACUGCAUCGUCGCAGAACCAACAGCAGCACAACUUCAAUCAGGACUUUCAGCUCUUCGCCGCUCCGGAGACCCCUCUCAGGAUCUCUCCUCAAGCCUCGCGUGCGCAGGCGAUAUCGAGUACAGCCCCUAAUACCCAACGACUAGCCCAGACUCGGCAUCUCUCCAUCAACAGCAGAGUGUCUCCAGUUCAGUCUAUCUCGUCUCCAUCUCACGGGCAUCUCUACUCGUCUCCCAAUCACCGGUCUUUUCCCAGUCUAGCAUUGCAAAACCAAUCCACUCAAGACAAAUACCUGCGCCAGCUUGCUCAUUUGCAGCGUCUGCCGCCUGUUCCUGCCUUUGACUCAACCACUGUUCCUCGUAGAAACUACUCGGUCCCCAACAUUCCGCAAGGCGAUAUGGCUACCGCCUUCGACUCGAUGUAUCUCCCGGGGGGCGACUUCAGCGCCUCCCACGACGACUUCUUGGACCUCGAGUCCAACUUCCAGUCCAACCAUUUCACCACUGUUAACUCCGGGGUCAAUGAUGGCACAAUUUCUCCCACCGACCUGUUCAAGGACGAUGCAAUGAUCAUGUCGGCCCCACCAUCCGCGGCGUUCCCCAAUCUGAGCACUCCAGACUCGAGCUUCUUGGAGUCACCCGCGAUGGCCAGCAGCGGCCUCAACACAUCCCCACUGGAAGAUGGCGAGCUCGAUGCCACAUUGAACUUCGCCGAACUCGACGGCAUGGUACCUCUCUUCCCUCAGAAUGGUUUGGAUCAGUUCGCCUGCCAACCCUUGGUUCCUGAGCCUUUCACCAAGUCGACUUCGAGCGCCCUGAGCUCACGACCGGCCUCCGCCGCUCAAGAAACUGGUAUGGCACGACAGAAGUCCUCGCCAGGACGACCGCCCUCGCAACCAUACCAUAAUCGCAAGCGCUCCGAGACCAGCGGUGUCUCCAAGACGUCCAAGCCUCGAAAGAACUUACCCGAAAUCACCAUCGAGAGUGAUGAUGACAAGGAGACAGCCAAGAGGAAGAAAAACACUGCCGCCGCCCGAAAGUCUCGUCAGCGAAAGCAGGAGCACGCCGAAGCCGCCGAAGCCGAGAUUCAACGUCUCAGGAACAUCAUCUACCGCCUGGGAGCUGAUCCUGACGCAGAGAGUCUAUGAGCGGGUUUCAAGAAGUGUAUGAUGGUUGUUGAUGGUUGGUGGAAUUCUUACGUGGACUCGUGGCCUUGUCUUUGAAGCGGACGAGGUUUCUUGGAAUUGCAAUCGGACGACAAUUGAAGCUGUGACUACCACCUUGUUGGUAGUUGCCGACACAGCAGCAUGACGCUUGGGGUUGGGGGUUAUAUUAGGCUGAAGCCAGGAGGGCUGCCUCCCCUGAACCGCCACGUCGCCCUUGUUUUCUUUUCAUGUUUAUGAUCUAUUGGGCCUCACAGCGAUCAUUGGGGUUGAUGAGCUUUGCCCGACAGGGUUGCUCAGGCUUCCCCUUAUCUUUACACAUCGCUACGAUUUCUUAUUCACCGAUGACAGUCGGAAGAUGUUCGAAGAACGCGUGACAGCAGACUUUGAAUAACCUCGAUGGCUGGUCACUAGGUUUUUGUGACUUGUGCUGAGUUUUGAUGGCGACGGCGAUGAAACGGCUUUCUGACUGUCUCCUCUUUCGUUCUCGAUUCUACAAGAAGAGGAUUUUCCUCUGCUGCGGCGUCCUGCGAAGGGGAUUGACUCGAGGCCUGUUUUCCGUGUUGUUUUUUUUUUCCUCUUUCAACGCAUGAACUGUCACGGAUCAAGUCCAUGCUUAGCAGUGUGGGUUGAACGGGGAUGUGUUCGGUCCACUCUUUUAUAUAGUCUGAUGAGAUCUGCAAGGCUUCUGCUAAAGGGGCUUGCAAAGCCCCUCCACGUUGCUUUUUGUGUGGGGGUAUGAAAUGCAACUCAGUCACUUUAACCAUC